UUACUUCCGGGUCGUGGAGAUACUGAACCGGAGUGCUGGACAUUGGAGUUUGGUUUUGAUUCUUUCCCUGGUCUUUCUCUAAUACAACUGAAUAGAUGUUCCUCCACUGGACCCAUUUAUACCUCGAAAUGCCAAGUCUUCUGACUCAGCAUAUUUAUGUUCAGCUGAACUUCAGUUUCAACUUAUUGUUAUUGAGACGAUUCAAUUGAUAUUUUAGGAUAUGACCACUGCAUACCAGACCCUGCAAGAUGCCCUGGUGGUCAAUGGGAUCCAGCAACUCUUCACCUGGAUUCUCCUGGUAGCAACGCCUAAUCGAUCAUGGCUCCGCUUCGUAAACGUGAGCGCUCUGACAGCGUGGAUGUUCUGGGUCUACAGUUCUGAGAAUCUCCUUUCUGGCGCGGACUACGAUGAGAAUGUCCUCUAUCGAAUACUACAAGGCUGUGUGCCUUUACCACUGGUCAUGCGGACAGCUGCUGCGCUAUUCCCGCCUAACGGUCCUAGCAGCAGCUAUUUAGACAUGGCCACAGCUGCACGGUUGACCAUUGACCCGCGGGCAGUCAGUACGCCAUGGCAAGUACGAGGGAUACCAUCAUUUCCGCCAUACUACAAAUCUUGUCCGCCAGCGCGCGGCUCGUUCAUGCUACGACAAACGGUUAUCACGCUUUGGCAAUGUCUCUGUCUAGACCUGCUCUUCUCGCAGUUCCGGGCGUGGACGAGCCAAAGAGCGUUUCCGGCUAGUCCUCGGGAGCUGGGACCAGUGGAUCUGCCUCCGGGGCCGUGGGCGACGUCGGGAGCGUCGAUGUUGGUGAUUGCGCUGAUCGGGCGGCUGGGAUUUGAUAUAUCGUACCGGCUUGUGUCGGUUGCUUAUGCUGGGAUGGGUGUCCCGACGGAGAAUUUUCCGCCAUUAUUUGGGAGCUUCUGGGAUGCGUAUAGUUUGCGGAAUCUUUGGGGGGCUUGUUGGCAUCAAUUCAUGCGACUGCCAUUUACGGCGACUAGUAAUGCGAUCACUCGCCAUGUCCUACGUCUUCCUCGCUCGUCCGUGCUGGGACGAUAUCUCAACAUCGCGAUUGUCUUUUCUCUAUCUGGAUUAAUGCACCUCCUCGGUGCUCUGUCAGCAAACAUUCCCUUUUCGGGGGCGAUGCAUUUCUUCGGAUUAUCCGGCCUGGGCGUUUUGAUCGAGAUCACCAUCCAAGGUCUCUGGGAUUACUUUGCUCUCCCGCGACCGCAGGGGAUAUGGUGCAAGGCCGUUGGAUUUCUCUGGGUUGGCUUGUGCUUCAGUCUAGUUGCGCCGUGGUAUUCGCCGGAAUGGAAGUAUUUGUUUAGUGUGGGGGCCGAGUCUGCGUGGUUCCUGGGAGCAUUUACCGGUGCUGUUGGUGUGCCGGUGGCGUGUGUUGUGGUUGGACUGAGUGGUAUUAUGGUGAAGAGGGUUUUCAAAUCGAGUUUGUAGAUACAUAUUUGUAUAGUAUCGGGAUAUGCCCCUUUGGUUCCUAUAUAGAUCCGUGGGCGGAGGUGGAGCCGCUCAGCCCUGCGAGGCUCUCCUCUUUAUUUCUUCCUCCUCUCUCCAUCUCUCCCUCUUCUCUACUAUUCUUCACUUAAUUUCUCUCUCCUUAUUCUGUUAUUGGUGUGAAUUCUUCUCUCGCCCUCUGUUGUUGGCUCUAAACAGUCAUUUCUGUGACUCGCCACGUCCAUUCGCUCUCUACCACCACCACUCCACUGUCAACUGCGAUCG